GUUGCCCUGGCAGAAAUAUCUAAAAACCCUGCGAGGCCGUGGCCGUCGGCGAAACCGCAUCGCCGCGCCUCCGCUCCGCGCGCCGCGCUAGGGUUUUAGGACUCCUCCCCAUUCGCCCCCAAAGGCAGCCGCCCCGCCAGGGUUUUAGCCGCCUUCUCCCUCCCUCCCUCCCCUCCUCCCCCUCGCCUCCCUCGUCCACAUCCCCUCGCCCGCCGCCGCCCGGAACCCUCCCGCAGCGACGCCAUGUGGGCCCUCCGCCGUGCCGGCAACCCCCUCAGGGUCCGUGCCCAACAAGUUGUGAGUGCCUGUGGUUGUGCGAGUCUUGAGGUGCUGCUAAAUGCAGAUGCAAAGGAUGUAGAGGAGCAUCACGAGGGUAAUUGUCAGAAAGCUUGCUGCCGUCGUAACCCAAAGUUGCCAGCCUUCCUGUUGUCAUUUUCACCAAGCCAUUUCACUUUGAGUAGGAGUUUCUCCUCUCAGGCAGGUGCAAAUUCUGGUAACAAAGACGAUGCUUUGGAGGAUGGGUUUUCUGAUCUGGAGGUUCCACCAGAAGCUGAUACAAAGGAUGCCGGGUUGACAUCUGAAGAUAGUUCUGAUGAGGAUGCCACUGAUGAAGUUGGCUUGCCUGAUGUGGAUGCUGCUGCAAAGCAUGAGAAGGAGCACAUGAAGAGGGCCUCUGAUUCCAUCCUCCUUAAAGCUAUUAUUGAAGCUCCGAGGCAUGAAGUCACUAAAGCACUUGAAAAAUGGGCUAAUGAUGGCAAUACACUCGAUAGGGGUGAACUCUUUUUCGUUCUUCUUAGCCUUCGAAAGCGGAGGUGGUUUGACAAAGCCUUGCAGCUCCACGAAUGGUUUGAAAAAUCCAAAGUGCUAGAAUUUGGAGAGCGUGAUUACGCUUCACGUGUUGAUUUGACGGCUAAGGUUUAUGGUCUUCAGAAAGCAGAACAGUAUAUUGAAAAAAUUCCUGCACCUCAUAGGGGUGAGAUAGUGUAUAGAACACUAUUGGCCAAUUGUGUUCAUGAAGCAAAUGUCAACAAAGCAGAGAAAGUCUUCAAUAAGAUGAAGGAUCUUGGAUUGCCAAUUACAGUAUUUUCUUUCAACCAGCUUGUGCUACUUUACAAAAGGGUGGACAAGAAGAAGAUUGCUGAUGUUCUCGCCAUGAUGGAGAAGGAGAAUGUGAAACCAUCUCUCUUUUCUUACAAGCUCCUUGUAGACGCCAAGGGAGCGGCUAGAGAUAUAGAAGGUAUGGAAAAGGUUGUUGAACAAAUGGAAACAGAAGGUGUUGAGCCAGAUCUUAUGUUUCAAGCUACAAUUGCAAGGCACUACAUUUUUGAUGGCCAGCGAGAGAAAGCAGAGGCGCUUUUGGAGUCAAUGGAAGGUGAUGAUAUCAACACAAAUCGUGCUGCUUGGAAGAUUCUGUUACCUUUAUAUGCUUUUCUGGGCAAGAAUCAUGAUGUGGAAAGGAUUUGGAGCGUGUGCAAGGAUAAUCCCAGGCUAGAGGAGUGUCUUUCUGCUAUAGAGGCCUUUGGUAGGCUUGGUAAUGUUGAAGAGGCAGAGAAAGUUUUUGAGGAUAUGUUAGUGAAAUGGAAAACACUCUCUUCCAAAUACUACAAUGCUAUGCUAAAGAUGUAUGCCAAUCAGAAUCUCUUUGACAAGGGCAAAGAGUUUUUUAAGCGGAUGGAUGAGAACCAUGUCAAAUUUGGAAACAGAACUUUGGAUUCGCUUGUGAAGCUAUAUGUCGACGCAGGAGAUGUGGGUAAAGCUGAGUCCUUGUUGCACAAGUUAUCUCUAAAGAAUAGGAUCAGGCCUCAGUACACCACAUACCUGAUGCUGCUUGAUAGCUACUCGAAGAAAGGAGACAUCCACAACUCAGAGAAAGUGUUCAACAGGCUGCGGCAGAUUGGCUACACUGGGAGGAUCAGGCAGUACCAGUUGCUGCUCCAAGCAUAUCUAAAUGCAAAGGCCCCUGCUUAUGGGUUCAAAGAGAGGAUGAAGGCUGACAACAUUUUCCCCAACAAUGCUGUGUCUACUUUGAUUGCUGCUACUGAUCCAUUCGUCAAGAAGAAAUCGAUAUCUGAGUUGCUCGAUUAAGCUGAGGGCUAGUGUGAGAUCCAUCGUGUCGCCAUGCAAUGCAUGUGCUGCUUUUGGCAUUCUGCUAAAGUAUAUGGUGAGAUAAUAACGUCUUAGUCUUGUAACGAACUACUAGUGUUUGUUUGCAUUCGGACUCCCGUGCUUUACUGAACUUUUGAGUCAUAGAGAAAUUGGAUUCGGUGCCUUAGAAUCCUUCCUGUGUGGUGAGUUAACCCUUCAUAUUAUUUUUGCCCUUUUUGUUGAUCCACUAGCGACCAAGAUGAGCCUGUGCACAUCAUUUGCUUGUCGAAAUUCCAAAUCCCUCCUGCUUUAAGCUGAGGUUAGCCGGUGGCUUCUGUAAGCCUGAGCCGAUUUGUAACUUGAUAAUGCAGUCGCGUGCACAGCUAUUUUGACA